GGCGGCUCCGGGGCCUGAGUGGGCGCCGUCGCCUCAGCCGCCGCCGCUGCUCCAGUCGAGGGGGCCGGGCCGGAGGAGGCUGCGGCCGCCGGAGAGCCACGCGACGUCCCCUCAGCUCCGGCCGGGAAGUGAGCCAGGAUGAUUGAGGAAGGUGGAAACAAGAGGAAGACCAUGGCGGAGAAGAGACAGCUCUUCAUAGAAAUGCGUGCUCAGAAUUUUGAUGUCAUACGACUGUCAACGUACAGAACAGCUUGCAAGUUACGAUUUGUACAGAAGCGAUGCAACCUUCAUCUUGUUGAUAUCUGGAACAUGAUUGAAGCUUUCCGAGACAAUGGCCUUAACACACUGGACCAUAGCACUGAGAUCAGCGUGUCCCGCCUCGAGACUGUCAUCUCUUCCAUCUACUAUCAGCUGAACAAGCGCCUUCCUUCCACCUACCAAAUCAGCGUGGGGCAGUCCAUCAGCCUCCUCCUCAACUUCAUCAUUGCCGCCUAUGACAGUGAGGGCCGAGGCAAGUUGACCGUAUUUUCAGUUAAAGCUAUGUUAGCAACCAUGUGUGGUGGGAAAAUGCUGGACAAAUUGAGAUACAUUUUCUCCCAGAUGUCAGAUUCCAAUGGCUUGAUGAUAUUUGGCAAGCUUGACCAGUUUCUGAAGGAAGCCCUGAAGCUCCCUACGGCUGUCUUUGAAGGACCGUCCUUUGGUUACACGGAACACGCAGUCCGCACCUGUUUUCCACAACAGAAGAAGAUAAUGCUGAAUAUGUUUUUAGACACCAUGAUGGCCGAUCCUCCUCCCCAGUGCCUUGUCUGGCUACCUCUCAUGCACAGGCUUGCCCAUGUGGAGAAUGUCUUCCAUCCUGUGGAGUGCUCCUACUGUCACUGCGAGAGCAUGAUGGGUUUCCGGUACCGAUGCCAGCAGUGCCACAAUUAUCAGCUCUGCCAGAACUGCUUUUGGCGCGGCCAUGCCAGUGGCACUCACAGCAACCAGCACCAGAUGAAGGAGCAUUCCUCUUGGAAAUCCCCUGCAAAGAAGCUGAGCCAUGCAAUUAGUAAAUCUUUGGGCUGUGUACCCUCCAGAGAACCCCCACAUCCUGUUUUUCCUGAACAACCAGAGAAACCACUUGACCUUGCACACAUAGUUCCUCCUCGUCCUCUGACGAAUAUGAACGACGCCGUGGUUAGCCACAUGUCCUCUGGAGUGCCCACUCCCACCAAGAGGUUACAGUGUAGCCAGGACAUGCCCAAUCUCUUGGCCGAUGAGCAUGCGCUGAUAGCCUCCUAUGUGGCCCGUCUGCAGCACUGCACACGUGUCCUGGACAGUCCUAGCCGGCUGGAUGAGGAGCAUCGGCUUAUAGCACGUUAUGCUGCCCGACUGGCUGCAGAGGCAGGCAACAUGACCCGUCCUCCCGCUGACGCCAGCUUUAACUUCGAUGCCAACAAGCAACAGAGACAACUCAUCGCAGAACUGGAAAACAAGAACAGAGAGAUCCUGCAGGAGAUCCAGCGCCUACGGCUGGAGCAUGAGCAGGCUUCCCAGCCCACUCCUGAGAAGGCCCAGCAAAAUCCCACGCUGCUAGCGGAGCUGCGCUUGCUGAGGCAAAGGAAAGAUGAACUGGAGCAGAGGAUGUCAGCACUGCAGGAGAGUAGGCGGGAGCUGAUGGUGCAGCUGGAGGGACUGAUGAAGCUGCUAAAGGAGGAAGAGCAAAAGCAGGCAGCUCAAGCCACAGGGUCACCUCACACAUCACCCACUCAUGGAGGUGGCCGCCCUAUGCCCAUGCCAGUGCGUUCCACGUCCGCAGGCUCCACCCCUACCCACGGCCCACAGGAUUCACUGAGUGGAGUUGGAGGAGACGUACAGGAGGCCUUUGCACAAGGUACAAGGAGGAACCUCCGCAAUGACCUGCUGGUGGCUGCUGACUCCAUCACCAACACCAUGUCGUCCCUGGUGAAGGAGCUUCAUUCAGGUUAGCCAAGGAGCAGCCCGGACACAGGAAGCCCAGGCACAAAGGCCGAGGAGCAAGCUGGCACCAACAAGACAAGGGAAGGUCUUCCCCCAGAGGCACAUUCCUCUCCGUCUUUCUGCUGCACACCUGGACCCGGCUUGCAGGCUGCCAGACUCCCUUCACCACCAGAGAGAGGAGCCAAGCCUAUGGGAAGUGGGGAGGGACUGCCUGAGGCCCCAGCUGGUGGGCCUC